UUAUAAUUGCCGGUUGUUUUUCAAGUUGUGUGUGUGUUGUUGCUGGCUGGGUAUAAAAGCCAAUGGAGUUAACUGCAAGCACGCAAUAAUGAGCGGCGAGUACACGGCUGAGUUUAGCGCUGCUGAGCAGGCGCUAAUCGAUAAAGAAUUUUCUAGACUCGCUGAUACUACAUACCUCGAUCAUGCGGGCACAACACUCUACGCGGAGAGUCAAGUGGCAGCUGCCGCACAGCAGUUGCAACGCGAUGUAAUAUGUAAUCCACACACCUGUCGCUCCACCGGCGACUUUGUGGAUCAGGUGCGCUACAAAAUACUGGAAUUCUUUAACACAACUGCCGAGGAUUAUCAUGUGGUGUUCACGGCAAAUGCAACGGCUGCACUGCGUCUGGUUGCCGAGCAUUUUGAUUUCGGCAGCGAGGGAAACUUUCACUAUUGCCGCGAGAAUCACACAUCGGUGCUGGGCAUGCGACAGCUGGUGCAAGCCAAAGGCAUCUAUAUGCUCACCCAGGAGGAGCUGCUGCUGCUGAACGAUGUGGCGCAGGAGGCGACAGCAAAUGAAACGACGUCGGGCAAUUCACUGGUCGUGUUCUCUGGCCAGUGCAACUUCAGUGGCAACAAGUUGCCAUUGACCAUCAUUGAUCAGUUGCACAAACACGGCCUGCAACAGCCGGGCAAAUGUGUGUGGCGCAAACAAGUGGCUGAAGAGUCACCCACGAAAGCAAAUCAGCAGCACUAUGUGCUGUUGGAUGCCGCCUCCUUGGCAGCCAGCAGUCCAUUGGAUCUGCAACGGCAUCGUGCGGACUAUGUGUGCGUCAGUUUCUACAAGCUCUUUGGCUAUCCCACCGGCGUGGGAGCGCUGCUCGUUAGUCGACGUGGUGCGGAGGUGUUGCAGAAGCGUUUCUAUGGCGGCGGCACCAUCAACUAUGCGUAUCCGCACAGCAUGGAUCAUCAGUUGCGUGACGUGUUCCACGAACGCUUCGAGGAUGGCACACUGCCAUUCCUGUCGAUUGUCGAACUGUUGCAGGGCUUUCGUACGCUCGAGCGUUUGGUGCCCGGUGGCAACACAAUGGAGCGCAUCUCGCGGCAUGUGCACGGCCUGGCACGCUAUUGUGCCGAGCAACUGCGGCAGCUGCAACACGCAAAUGGAGCGCCACUGAUACGGCUGUAUAACAAUGCUGGCUACGAGCAACGUGCCACACAGGGCGGCAUUGUGACGUUCAAUGUGCUGACCGAGACGGGUGACUAUGUGGGAUUCGGUGAGGUGGCGUGUGUGGCAUCAUUGCAUCGCAUACUGUUGCGCACCGGUUGCUUUUGCAACAUCGGCGCCUGUCAGCGCUAUUUGCAGCUCAGCGACGACACAAUGGAUGCGAUCUAUAAGCGUGCCGGACGCGUUUGUGGCGACUACUAUGAUCUGUUAAAUGGCCAGCCAACGGGUGCGGUGCGUGUCUCAUUUGGUUACAUGUCGCGACUGGAGGAUGUCGAACGGCUGCUGGAAAUGCUGCGCAACAGCUAUGUGACUUCAAAGCGACAGCAACGCGUCGAGUUCAUUGUGAAUCAAGUGGCACAGUUGCCGAAACCGUUGCAACAACGCGCCCAGCAUUUGCGACCACGUCUCCAACAACUGGCCAUCUAUCCGAUCAAAUCGUGCGCAGCGUUUAAGAUCACAAAUACAGGGGAAAGUUGGCCAUUGACCGAGCAGGGAUUGCAGUAUGAUCGCGAAUGGAUGAUUGUCGAUAUGAGUGGCAUGGCAUUGACCCAGAAACGUUGCACACAUCUCUGUCUGUUGCAGCCACGCAUCGUGCACGAUCAACUGCAAUUGCAUUUCGAUAGUGGAUCGUCCUUUGCCUCGGUGCCACUGUCGCUUAGCGCUCAGGCGGAGAACACGGCGCGGUGUCGCAGCAAAGUUUGCCGCCAGCCCAUCGAGGGUUACGACUGUGGUGACGAGGUGGCCAAUUGGCUGAGCGAUCAACUGGGCAUCGAUGGAUUGCGUCUGUUGCGUCAAUCGGGACAGCGCAGCAGUGCAGCCAACGGCAAGCAGCAGAAGCAACAGCUAAGUCUCGUCAAUCAGGCGCAAUUUCUGCUUGUGAAUCGAGCUUCGGUGCGUUCCCUGGACUUCGAGGAGCCGCUGGACGAGACCGUUGAUCGUUUUCGUGGCAACAUCAUCGUCGAGACGGACGUUCCCUUCGAGGAGUUGUCCUACACGCAGUUGCGCAUCGGCGAUGUGCACUUCCAUGUGGAUGGACCCUGUCAGCGUUGCGAUAUGAUCUGCAUUAAUCAACGCACCGGCGAACGUUCGCCGGAGACGCUCACAACAAUCGCUCGCAUGCAGAGCGGCAAAAUGCGAUUUGGCAUUUACAUUUCACAAGUGCAAAGCGAUGCCACUGACGAUCCACACGAUGAACAGCAGCAGCAGAAGCAGCUCCACUUGACAUGUGGCGAUGUCAUUGUAAUCGAUUAAUCAUAUAGUACAUAUAUAGCACGAUACGUUAUACAUAUCAAUAUCAAUAUCACGUUACAUUCCACACACGAUUUGUUUAGUUAAGUUUCAAUUAAAACGGUGUACCUGCUACAGCUUGCCACAACUA